CCGGCUUCUCGCAACAGAAAAUAUAUUCGUAAUUAUUUUAGUGUAUUGCGCUUGCCGUUCUCCUUGGCAAGCAAAGCGCUUACAUUCUAGUUUUUACCGGGCUUUCUUUUCCGGCUUAUCUGUACAAACGCUCCGAUUAAUUUAGCGUCGGGCCAAUUGCAUUAUAUAGCUCCUCAGUGCCCAGGUGAUCUACCCCUUAAUUCUACAAAUUCCACAACUGAAAUGACUGCAAUUGUUGCAAUGGAAACACACUGGGAGACCCACGUGGCAGAGAAGCACAAGCAACUGGAGCGACAAAUUCCCGAGCAUUGGCGCUUGAGCACCACAUUUCUUAGUUCGCUUCCAUCAAAUGGCCAUCUCAUAGAGGCGGACAUCCCGCGGCGUAGUGGCAUCCUCACUGAGGAAGAGCUGGAUAUCACAGAACACUAUUCCGCGGGACAGCUGCUACAAAAGAUUGCCUGGGGCGAGUUGAGCUCGUUGGUCGUGACGACUGCCUUUUGCAAGCGGGCAGCUAUAGCUCAACAGCUAACAUCCUGCCUAACGGAACACUUCUUCUACCGGGCCCUCGAGCGCGCUCAGUACCUCGACGAUUAUCUAAAGCGAGAGAAAAGGGUGAUAGGGCCGUUGCACGGGCUUCCGAUAAGCCUGAAGGAUAGUUUCUGCGUCAAAGGGAUUCAGACCACCCUGGGAUAUGUAUCGUUCUUGGCCAACCCACCCGCCGAAUCCAAUUCUGCUCUGGUAGAUCUCCUCCUAGACCUGGGUGCGGUGCUUUAUGCCAAGACCAACAUUCCGCAGACCAUGAUGACUGGUGACUCAGAGAAUAACAUUUAUGGUCGCACACUGAACCCACACAAUACGAAUCUGACAGCUGGAGGAUCAAGCGGGGGUGAAGGGGCUCUCACUGCUUUCCGGGGCUCCAUUCUUGGAGUAGGAACUGAUAUUGCAGGGUCCAUCCGAAUCCCAUCACUCUGUUGUGGUGUUUAUGGCUUCAAGCCAACCGCAGACCGUAUUCCAUUUGGUGGCCAAGUGUCGGGGGCGAUUGAGGGAGUCCCGGGCAUAAAGCCAUCAGCAGGGCCGCUCGCACAAUCGCUGGACGACUUGGAGCUAUUUAUGUCAACUGUGCUCAACGUCGGGCCCUGGAAAUACGACGUGACUACCAUAGGUUCCCCAUGGCAGACAACAUUCAAAAUACCUUCUUUGUUGACAAUCGGUGUUCUCGCAGAAGAUCCUGACUUCCGCCUUCAUCCUCCUGUCCGUCGCGCAAUGGAGUCGGCCGUCGAAGCAUUAACCAAGAAGGGCCACCGAAUUGUACGCCUGAAACACGAUUCUGCACGAGGGGUAGCUUAUGCAAGCCGCCUAGCGUUUCAGUACUUCACAUAUGGACCACACGUAGACCAUAUGGCCGCAAGCGGAGAGCCCCCAGUGACAUCGGUGACGAAGAUGGCCAAUCCGAUGUUCACUGGCCCUUUCCCAGUGGACAAAGAUCUCGACAUAUUUGAGAAGAUCGACGCGUUACACAACGCAAGAAAGGCUUAUGCUGAGGCGUGGCGCAAGACAUGGGUUGAGCACGGUAUGGAUCUCAUUCUAGCACCCGGAGCCCAGAAUACAGCUACACCACAUGAUACGUAUGGAUGGCCGCCGUACACCGUCAUUUGGAAUCUCCUAGAUUACCCUGCAUGUAUUAUACCGUUUGGGAAGGCCUCGAGAAACCUUGACCCAGCGCCCCUGCCGCUACAUGAUGGAGUGCAACCCAGCUAUGACCCUGACGUGGUUGAUGGAGCACCAUGUGCUCUUCAAAUCAUUACUCCUCGACAUCAGGAUGAGAAAUGUCUUCGCUUUUCGCGAGUGAUCGACAGAGAUAUAUGUAGUUAGAUAAUCCUUAGACAGCUGCGCGGGAUAUCAAAGUCUAUACGGUGAGGGACUAACAUACUACCAUAUCAUCGACCAUCGUUGGAUGUUAUUCGAAACAUGAAAAUGCCCAUCAUGUGCAUUAGUGAUCUAACUGUAAAGAACUAGGGAAUGGUGUGGAAGGAGAGGACUCCAUUAUAAUAGCCAUAGCAUUGAAACAUACGAAAUUUGGACUCUAUUAUCCGGUAAACAAAAUACACGAUCUAAAGAUUACUAUUCGUCUGGUAAAGCUGCUGUAGAUUCCGCCCAUACUGGCUCCUCCCCGUCCCGUCG